AUAUUUAUUACUCACAGCACCAAACCGCAACUCAGUUUGAGAUAUAUAUAAUUUUCAUGGUUUUUCAAGAUAAACUCAAGGCAUUUUUACAAUGAUUCGAACUUUUAUCACAAAAUUGCCCUCCAUUACACAUAGUUUUGCAGAAAGUGAAAACGAUCAUAGAGAAAAAAAAAAAAAAUAUUUUAAAAUCAUCGCAGAAAAUUCUUCAAAAAUUCAUUGGAAAUCAUUUUGGUCAGUCUCAGUUAGCUUCUGAAUUUUAUUGUGACAACAUGAAGUCAAUCUUAACAGCUUUUCUAUGGCUCGUUUUAAUUUCCUAUUUUUGUGAUGCCAAUUGGUGUAUUAAAGAAAUAACAACAAACUUGAGAGUCACAAAAGCUCAAACUAAAGUUCUAACUUAUCGCCGAUGGUAUGGAGGUAUUAAGAGGAAAACUGUUUCUUAUGCUGUCACCGAAGAUGUUCCAACUACCAGACAUCAAAGAGUUUGUUGUGAGGGCUUUACUAUGAACAGGGAGCUAAGAAUUUGUGAACCAAAUUGUCCAGAAGGAUGUCCGGAGUUUUCAAAAUGUAUGACACACACUUGCGAAUGUAAUAGAGGAUAUCAAAUGAAAGGAAAAAGCUGUGAACCAAAAUGCGAUCCGACUUGUAAGACAAAUGCCUUCUGCUCAAAGCCAAAUAUUUGUCUCUGCAAAUCUGGAUUCGAGUAUGAUAAUUUCACUGAAUCGUGUGGUGAUAACAGAACGACCUUGGAUAAUAUUUCGACAACAAAAUAUCUUACAACAAGUUCGGAGUCGGAACCUUCUACGCCAGAAUCGUCUUCCACAUCGAAAUCAGAAGAUUUAAAAACUACUCGAGAAGUUCAUAUGGCUUCAACAGAUCGUCCACAAAUAUUUUCAACGAAGUCCAUAUCACCUUCGAACGAAAUGGCAAGAAAACCGUUUACUGAAACGGAACCAGAAGAUUUGGCCGACAUUCAAGGAGCUCAUUCAGGAACAACAAGAUCAUCAAGCCAACCAUCGACAGAUAAAGAAAUAAUUAGUUUUACAGAAUUGUCUAGUGAAAACUUUCAAUGUAACGAAGGAUAUGUUAAGGCUGAUUCAUCCUGUGUCUUAGAUUACGAAAAAUAUGGUUUCAAGUUAGGUGAAUGCAUAAGAUUAAGCUUUUGUAAACGACUUACGACAGAAAAAUACACAAUUUCAACUACAGAACCGAUCUUGUCAAGCGAAAGCUCUUCAGAAUCUUCGGUAUUCACUUUAAAUGAAUUCUCAUCAAACUGUGACUAUGAUGAAUGUUCAGGUGGUGGAAUUUGUGUUAAUGGAAUUUGUGAAUGUCCAAAAGGAUCAGUCUAUAGUAAAUUUUCCAAGGAGUGUAUUAUCAAUUCCUGUGAUAAAAUCUGUCUUAAUGGUAUUUGUCAGGAAAAUGGAUUUUGUGAAUGUUUGGAAGGUUUCAUUUAUCAACUUGGUGAUGGAUGUGUUCCUAAAUGUGAUCGAGAGUGUAUCAAUGGUAUUUGUGUGGGCCCGGGAAAAUGUGAAUGUCUUGAUGGUUUUGGUCAUGUGCCAGAUAAUUUAUUCGAGUGUUUACCGAAUUGGAAAUUAAGUGGGAAACUUGAAAGACGUGAUGAUAUGGAUUUUCCUUGGAUAUGGACAGUUUUAGCGGGUUUGCUGCUAGUAACACUGGGGUUAUUCCUUAUGAUAAAGAAAUAUCGAAAGCAUGACUAUGAUGUGGAUAAAGUUGAACAAUUACGUCAUGUAGUGAUGUUCGACAACAAAGUUUUAUUGGAAUGAUUAAUUUUAGCUUUAAAUGAAACGAAUUUAAUAAAUCAAUAUCUUUAAUUUUUUUAAAUUUUUAUUUUACAUUCUAUUAUUCAUUUAUUUAUUUAUUUAUGACUCUGAAUAAAA